AUGACGUUAGACAUGAACUUGUUGAGACAGAGACGCAAGAAAGGCCACGAUAUACCAGAUGGAUUGCAAAUCACUUCCGUUUACAACUCCAGAGCAGGAGGUGGCAGUAAUGAGCAAAUUCCUAAUAAAGAGUCUCCCUCUCUGAGAGCUUCGAAGUCCACGGUCAAACGUCUCUGGCAAACAGACAACAGUUCUCACAAGUUGGAUGAAGAUGUGAUUUUUGUUACUGGGUGCAUUAACAAAUCCGACUGCAAGCUAACUGCUGAAUUUAAGAGGAUUACAACCAUCAGUUUACUGUCAAAGUUCUUCUCGAUGGUGGAUGCUCACUCUUCAAACCUGCUGAAGGUGUUUGGCAAGAAAGGCGGCAUGCAAGGAAGAAAGAUUAAGAGCAUCCUGAUACCCAUAACCCAGACUGAUGCCAUUGAUGUCAGAAGAGAGUGCAUCAUCAAAGCCCUGUGUCUGUACCUGAAUGAAGAGCCUGAAAACCUUGUAAAAGAGUACAAGAACACUGAUGGUGAGGCUUGUGAAGCUGCAAUGAUGGAGACAAUGUUUGGAAUCUAUGUCAUUCGCAAAGAAGGUGCAGAGCCGGAUGAUGAUCCAGAAGAUGUAGGUGUCGUCCUUGAGGGCGUGCAAGUUCUGGAUGAGUUGGGAAAUGUACCACUUGCUGUGGUGAUGCUCUUCGUUCUUCUAUACGCUCUUAACCUCAGCUAG